AUGGAUUUCACAAGCGGAGACCAUCGCAACCUCCUGGAUAUCAUUGAUAGCCUCCGUGCGCAGGGAAUAAGCAGAUAUGUCGACCUUCCCGAGAUCAUAGUCUGCGGAGAUCAGUCUGCGGGCAAGAGCUCUGUUCUCGAGGCUAUCUCUGGCAUGCGGUUCCCCACGAAGGACGGCCUUUGUACUCGCUUUGCGACGGAGCUGGUCCUUCGCCGAGGCCCAGAGGCAAGUACAAAGGUGUGCAUCACACCAGGCCAGGGCCGUUACGACAAAGAAAGAGACGACCUUGAGCGAUGGCAGCCUCGGACCAGUAUAGACAAGGAUGGCCUCGAAUCAGUGACGGAGGAGGCUAUGGAAGUCAUGGGUGUCCCAGUAGCUCGAAGAUUCUAUGACGAUACCCUUCGUAUCGAGCUCACUGGGCCAAACCAACCCCAUCUGACCAUGGUUGACCUCCCUGGCCUUUUCAGGGCCGCUAAUAAGGAGCAAUCUGACGACGACGUGGAUACAGUACGUUCCAUGGUUGAGAAAUACAUGGCUCGGCCCAGGAGCAUUAUUCUGGCGGUGGUGUCGGCAAAGAACGAGUACGUUUUACAGGAAGUGACAUCGAUGGCCAAGCAAGCCGACCCUCAAGGUCUUCGAACCAUGGGGCUCAUUACAAAGCCGGAUACUCUUGAUGAUGGCUCCGACUCAGAGGCAUACUGGGUUCGCCUCGCCCAAAACAAUGAGGUGGAGCUCCGUCUCGGAUGGCAUGUUCUAAGGAAUCGCAACUUUGAGCAGAGGGGCUCAUCCUCAGCCCAACGUGAUGCCAAAGAGGAAGAGUUCUUCGCCAACGGCAUUUGGACUGGCGUCGACCCCUUACACUGCGGCGUGGGAUCUCUCAGGACUAGACUCAGUUCCGUCCUGAAGGAUCAAAUUCUUUCUCAACUGCCAAGCCUCAUUCGAGACGUGGAGAGUAGCAUCCAUGUUUGCACAGAUAGACUAGGCCGGCUUGGCCCUGUCCGAAGGACUCAAGAGGAGCAAUUGAGAUAUCUGCUGCGUGUGGGUGAGGAUUUCACAUCGUUAACGAAGCAGGCGAUUGACGGUACAUACACGGACCGCUUUUUUGGCAGCCGGAAGAAGCUCGAAGGUUACGCUACGAGACUUAGGGCAGUAGUGCAGAACCGGCUGUUGGACUUCAGGGAUGAGAUGCUCUCAAACGGACAGAGCCAGAGAAUCAUUGACCCAGAUACCGAAGCCGGAGACGAGGAUGAACGAAGCGAAUCGCCCCGGAUUCCUCGGGCCCAAUACGUCGAAGAAGUUGCACAUCGCUUGAAGUACAGCAGAGGACGCGAGCUCCCAGGCCUCUUCAAUCCGCUCAUUGUCGGGGACCUCUUCAUAGACCAAAGCCAACCAUGGCGAGCUAUCGCCAAAGACUUGGUCGCGGACAUCAUGGAAGCUGUGCACAACAUGACUGAACUCGCGAUUGAGCACGUUGCAGCCAGUGACGUUGCGGAUGAGGUCAUCAAGUUUGUCCACGAAAGUAUAGAAGCACUCAAGGUGGAACUGGACAACAAGAUUAAUGAGUUGUUGACAAUGGCCACCAACCACCCGAUUACGUACAACCGUCAGCUCACGGAGAAUGUACAGAAGGCCCAGCAGGCACGGCAAAAGAGUGCCAUCAAGCAACUCAUCCGUAAUACUUUUGGUUCGCAGCACUUUGAGGAUGCGGAUAGGAAAAUCAACCUUAAUCCUGUCAAGUUUGUAGACCUCCUGGCACAGAGUCUUGAACCCGACAUGGAGCUCUUUGGAAGCUCUGCAGCGGUUGAUUACAUGGAGGCAUAUUACAAGGCAAGUCCUACUUAUCCGGCAAGGUUUCUAGUGCUAACCAUGACACUACACACCCAGGUGGCAUUGAAUAGAUUCAUUGACGAUGUCAGUGUGCUGGCCAUUGAGAACUGCCUCGUAGGGAAGGUCUCCGAACUCUUCCGGUCGGACAAGAUUCUGAACAUGGGCCCCGAGGACAUUUCUCGUCUUGCAGGCGAGACUACCGAAUCUUCUGUCGAAAGAAAGCGUCUCGUCGAGAAGCGCAAGGUUCUCAACGCAGGGUUACAAGAACUGGUUGGCCUGAAAAAAAUGAGACAAAUCUCGGGCCUUGCUGAAUCUGACCCCGAAGAAGUGAAGCGCAAACCUGAGAAAACGGUACUUAACUCCCCAAAAGCCUCAGUUACUGCUUCCGUGACUGAGGGUUCCUCGGCAAGGAGCUCUCGAAACAAAGCAACCCCUGUAGGCGACGAAGACUUUGAGGUCUAUACUGUGCCGCGAAUCUCGCCAUGGAAGGAGCCGGAGCCGGAGCCGGAACCAACACGAGAUCAUGAAUGGGACUUUGCACUUUCGACCGGUUACGGGGCCAGGUAG